ACCGAAAGGCGACGAAUAGCACUCAGCUGACAGUCACAUUCAAACUUCCACCGAGAGGAGACCGACCUACCUGAACGCUGUCAGACAAACACUCAUAGAAGGCCAGUGGGGAGUAGACGUCACAGACUGGUCUCUCUCUCAGGACAUACCACUGACAAGCGUGGACACUCGUAGUCAAUAUAUAGGAAUAUUACACGGGACACAUACGCUUUCCUCUCAUUCAGUGGAUAUAUACAUGUAGAUUCGGAGCCUGGUUUUCCUAUUGUACACUGAGGAUCUAGUACGGCUGGCUAUUGAUCGGUGGAGUAUCUCGCCUACAGUGGAGUAUAACAUCUAGCUGAGUCUAGCGUGCUAUGCAGAGAGGGUGCGUGUGUUAGUUCGCCCCUUUGUGCCCCACCCAUCACUGCACAGCUUAGAUGUCUGUUGAUGUGCUACCAGUGCGUGUGGUACCUGCUCCCCCAAUGAAGGAGCUACGACCCAGGAAUACAAGGCCCGAGGGGGGUCGGGGACAUUCUGAGGGGAAUGAUCUGAAUCAUCAUUUUGAUUCCAGCUGUAUCAUAUACGACUCCAUAACGGACACGACAUACCUUCGUGGGAGGCUACUGGGAAAGGGAGGUUUCGCCCGUUGCUAUGAGCUACUGGAUCUAAACUCCAACAAAAUAUACGCCGGGAAAAUAAUUUCUAAAACCAGGAUAGCGAAGCCUCACCAGCGUCAGAAGAUCGUCCGCGAGGUGGAGCUCCAGAAGGACCUGAAACACAAGCAUGUGGUGGAGUUCCACAGCUACUUCGAGGAUAACGAGAACGUAUACAUCAUUUUGGAGAACUGCAGUAGGAAGUCGCUGGUGCACGUGCUCAAACAUAGGAAGACACUGACAGAACCGGAAGUGCGAUAUUAUUUGAAGCACAUAGUUGAGGGUGCCACGUACAUCCAUGACAAGAAUAUCAUCCACCGUGAUCUGAAGCUGGGCAAUAUGCUACUUAACGAGAGCAUGGAACUCAAGAUAGCCGACUUUGGUCUGGCUACUAGGAUUGACUUUGCCGGGGAAAAGAAAAUGACGGUGUGCGGCACGCCCAACUACAUUGCUCCCGAGGUCCUCCAGAAGAAAGGCCACAGUUUUGAAGCCGAUAUAUGGGCAGUUGGAUGUAUAAUGUAUGCUUUGCUGGUGGGGAGACCUCCGUUCGAGACGUCCACGUUGAAGGAGACGUACCUGAGGAUCACAGAGAAUUCGUACACACUACCCAGCAGUCUUUCCAACUCGGCCAAAAACCUAAUCCGCAAGUGUCUGUCGCCCGACCCCGCCAAGCGCCCCACACUGGACGACCUGUUGGCGGAUGAAUACUUCACCUGUGGCUACAUGCCUCGUAACCUUUCGCCAUCCGCCUGCUCUACCGUGCCAAAGUUCCCAGUAUACACGAAGUUCAAUAGACCACUGUCCUAUGCAGUUCCCGAUACCAAGAACGAUGCCAUGGGUAAACUUGGCAAUGCCUUGAGUCAGAUCCAACUGAAGGGAACGUCAGAAACAAUCAUCCCCGAUAAGGAAAGCGAGGUGUGUUACGACCGCCAGCCACUGACUGCGAGUCGCGACCAACACAUGGUGACUGAGGCUAGUCCCGCAGUGAAGACGUCAGUGAAGGAAGUAAUUGUUGACGUCAUUUCCAUGGACCGCUCAGAUUCGCCGCCGCAACACCGAGCUCCGUCCCCCAAUCCCCGUUCUGCAGUCACUCUGCUUGACGUCAUCAACACCUGUCUGGAACACAUGCCAAAAGCAGACGUUGACCGCAACCCCACGUCUCUCCCGGACACCGACGUCAUGUGGGUGACCAAAUGGGUAGACUACAGCAACAAGUACGGCUUCGGCUUCCAGCUCUCCAACGACGCCAUCGGAGUGCUCUUCAACGACACUUCCCGUAUCCUCCUGGCACCUGACGGCAGAGCUGUGCAGUAUUUCGACCUGACUGGCAAGUUGUCGGCCUUCUCCACUGAGUGUAUUCCCGAGGACCUGGAGCGGAAGACAACCCUGCUGCAGUAUUUCGCCCGCUACAUGGACGAGCACCUGAUCCAGGGUGGGGACAUCGCUCAACUGAGAGCCAUGCGCUCCUGGUCUGGAAGUCUCUACCUCAAGAAGUGGUUCCGCACCACCAAGGCCAUCGUCCUGUACCUCAGCGACGGGACACUGCAGGUGAACUUUUUCGAUGACCACACGAAGAUAAUUCUGAGUUAUCACAACAACGAUUAUCUUGUGACCUUUAUUGACCCGGAAAGACUUGCUAAGACCUUCAGCAUUGUCCAUAUCAUCCAAGAUGGCUGCCGACCGGAAAUCAUUGAAAGGAUGUUGUUUGCCAAAACCAUGCUCAAGAAUCUGGUAGAUAUAGAGGGCGCUGACAUUUAGGGGGUUGACAGACUCCCCGUCUCACUGCCGGACUACUUUCACUGAAGACGUCACUCUAGAUUGGUAAAGAUUCCUGGAGAGCCGUGAAAUAUCUCGGUUCUAGUUACUGGACAUAUGUGUGUGGUAAUGUCUUCAUAUUCAUGAACUCCACGAGGUGGUAUGGUAGGCCACGUUCAGAACCGCAAGACUGGAAUCCUUUUGCCCGCAAUGUCGUCAAUUAUCAACGACGAAUGUCUCACCAGGAUACGAAGUUUUGUCCAUGUUGAAACCAACCUGUAUCUACGCUGUACCUAAGUUGUACUAAGUUGAACUAAGAUGUACUUCGCGGCGUUGUGGAGUAUCUGGACAUGUACUAUAGACGUUCAAUACGUAAAAAGCUUCCUCCGUGCCGAUGGCCUAGUAUCGUCCGAGACCAGGUGCGAGCUUUCGAACAGACUCUUGUGGUGCGGCAGUAAGGGCAUCCAUAUUGUUUGCCUCCGUAAUUACGACCGCGUUGCUUGCCUGUUUAAAAGGCAACCAUUAACUUUUCCUCUGUGAGGCGCAUUAAGAGUUUAACUAUGCAAGACUAUGUUAUCAUUAUCCGAGGGCCUCCAGGCGACCAUAAAGCAGUAUGCUACACGACCUGUGAGAGAUGGACAAGUCACACAGGUGACCGCCUCGGUCCAACCUAGUCGGCGGGUGCAUUUGAUCUCAGUACUAAUAUAUGGUAUUUAUCAGCUCUGGACCACACCAGCAGAUGCUGACCUCGACCGGACCUUCACCUUGAUCUCCAAGCGGCAUCAGAUGCCAUUGUAUAUAAACUGUACUCGUAAAGGACCUUGUACGACAAAUACACGCCUUGUUGAUGACGUCGUGUGGAAAUUAAUCAGAUGUUAAUGACGUCCACUUCAGGGACAUUGUCUCGGAUUAUCUCCCCAACCUUUAGGAAGCGGAUUUAGACGUUGCAUGAGUUUUACAGGAUAAUCCUUCCGUGGUAUUGGAGGAUAAUCAUAAUCAAAGGAUUAAUAUAUGUCGGAGAACAAGACGUCAUUCACUGGUUUCUCUAUGGACUACGCUGUGUGUGUAUAUGUAUAUACUACUAUAUCAAAUGCCAUUGGGUUUCCUAUCCUAUUGAUUUGUGCUUGUUUCCCUUUGUGAAAUUGGUUGAAAAUAGAUCAAAGGACAAUUCUUAAAUUGUGCCCCCAAACCUCCAGUCUUGUUCACAGCAUGUAAGCAGAUUGUGCUUUAGUACACCAAGUCAUUGUCCUUCCCUGAAUAUGUUUAGGCUCUCAUAAUCUAAGAUGCUUAUCUGAAAGGGCAAUGUGUGGAUACAUCAGUUCUUGCAUCAUCGCAUUGCAUCAUUAGUAGGUAGACGGGGCAAUAUUGUUCUAUAUUUCACCUUGAUCAAACGUAAAUGCCAAAAUGAUAUGACCUUCAUCUGACCUUCAUCUGCUACUGGAACCAGUUUCCCUGGUGUCCCGACUUUCCUUGUAGCUGUAGACGGUCUCUGUACUGUCUUAGAGGAAAUGGUGAUAGACGUUUCAGAAGGGAAUCGUUCCUACGUAUGGGGCGGAAGGUUUGUGGUGUACAUGCUAUACAAUGUGUCCCUGUAGUGUAAAUCCUUGUACCGCGGUUUUUUACAUGCUGUGGGCUGCUUGUGCCUCAAUAUGAUGGAACACUGUGUCUUAAGCACAGAUUGAAACAUUGAGACCAUAGGCUCACGUGACUAGUCACAUGAUGCUAUAUUGUUCAGUAUAAGGGACCACGAAUGGAUACAAUUCCAGUAUAUAUGUAAAAUCCUGAGUCAUUUCUUUAAUCAUUUAUUGACCCAAGGCUUUGUGUCGCUCAUCAGUUUUUUUGUUUUAUUCACAGACUAAACAUUCCGUCGAAAAUAUAUUUUCAUAAAGAUGUUUAAUGACUUGUUACGUCCAUGUUGUAAGUUGUCAGGGAAAUAUAACAUACGUCCAUGGUUUUACCUUAGAAGCAUCGGGUCCAACUGGCCGCACUGGGGUCAAUAGUCAACUCGCCCUUGUGUAUUAAAUAGGCCUACAGUCGUUUGCCUUCAACACCGGAGUGCCUCUCUUUUCUACAGUGGUCAUGAAGUUCAGAGAUGAGCGCCUAGUUUCUGAGCUCAGAAUUGGAGCUGUCCCCCAAACUGUGAUAACAUCGAGAUGCCCCGUGUUAAUACCAGUCAACAUUUACUAAGGUCCAUGCCCUUCAAUAAAGAUGUUGAGUUUGUACAUAACCUGUUGAGUUACAGCUACUUGACGAAGUAAGUUUCUCAAGUCACAAUAGGAUAUGGUGAAAAAAGGAUAUUGUGUGAACAUGAAUCAGUGCGUCAACUUCUCAGUCGGUACUUCCUGUCAGUCGGGCAUGCUCAGUAGAUAAAGAGGUAACUCUAAGAUUUCUUUUUCAUUUCUACGAAUUAACAAUCGAGGACAAGUGUUCACACGUUACAUGUCGAUGUAUUAUUUCUAAGUAUUAAACAGGAGACGUACGACUACUUAUAAUCCUUGUAAUUCCUUCAUGGUGCAGAUAUGCUGUUUAUUUAAUGGUGUUUUGUGGAUAAAAGCUGUUGCGUCCGCCUAUUUUUGUGAAAGUAUUAAACACAAAAUACAAACGGUCUAAAAUUAUAGAAAUCAAAAGCGAAUCAGUUUCUUUUGAAAAUUAUCUUUUUCUUAACUAGUUGUUGGAAACAUGCACGUGUAUUUCAAGUUUGGAUCAAUACUGUCCACUUUGUUUCCGUCACCGCCUGUGCCUUGUUCCCAUGGAAACCAAUCACAGCUCUAUACGACAUCUAUAUCUUUAUACAAUAUUUGUAAAUACCACUGAAUCAUGCGAGCUUUCUCAAUAAAACUUAAACUGUAA